AUGGGAUACAAGGCUGGUGGAAGUUAUGGAAGUGGCGGUGGUAGCUAUGGAGGCGGCGGCAGCUCUCGAGGAGGCGGCGGUGGAUACGGUGGUGGCCGCUCCGGCGGCGGUGGAGGUGGCUAUGGUGGAGGCUCAUACGGUGGGUCGUCGUCGUACGGCGGCGGUGGCUAUGGUGGGCGUGGUGGCCCACCCCGUUCGGGUGGCGGCGGAAAGUUUGGUGGAGCCGGAGGAGGAUCAAGCGGUGGUCCAGGAGCACGUCUCCGAAAUGUCGAUUGGGGCAACGAAAAACUCCAACCAAUCGUCAAGAACUUUUAUCAAGAGAGUCCAAUCGUUUCGGCCCGAUCUCAGAAUGAAAUUCAACAAUGGUUGGCCGAGAAUCAGGUCACCUUGUCCGGUCACAAUAUCCCUCGUCCAAUCUUCGAAUUCAACGAAACGACUUAUCCAGCUGAAAUUGAAAAAUGUCUUUACCAAAAUUACCAAAAGCCCACUGUUAUUCAGUCCGUCUCGUGGCCUGUGGCUAUGUCCGGACUCGACAUUAUCUCAAUUGCCAGAACUGGAUCCGGAAAAACUCUUGGAGUAAGUAUUUUGCUUUUCCUUGUCAUUUUAGGUCUAAACAGAAUGCAUGUUGCUUAUAUAAGAGAUGUUCGCAAUUGGUAGUGAAGGAUGAUGUACUAAUAAUUGGUUCUUUUAGUUCUUGCUCCCCGGUAUCCUUCACACCAUCAAACAAGGACCCAGACCUCACGGUGGUGGCCCCUCCGUCCUUGUUAUGCUCCCAACCAGAGAAUUGGCGCAGCAAGUUGAAGAAGUGGCCAAGGAAUAUUGCCAAGCAAUGCGUCUUUCCUACACAUGUCUCUUCGGUGGUGCCUCCAAGCAUGGCCAAGCCUCGGAUCUGAGAAGAGGAGUAGAUGUUUGCAUCGCCACUCCCGGACGUCUGUUGGACUUCUUGGAGAAUGGAACAACCAACAUGAACAGAUGUACUUUCUUGGUUUUGGAUGAAGCUGAUAGGAUGUUGGACAUGGGUUUUGAACCCCAGAUCAGAAAGAUUGUCGGUCAAAUCAGACCCGACCGUCAGACUUUGAUGUUCUCAGCCACUUGGCCCAAGGAAGUGAGAGAUUUGGCCAAAGAUUUCCAACAAGAUCCCGUCUUCUUGAACGUCGGAUCCAUGGAAUUGAGUGCCAAUCACAAUAUUGAUCAAGUGGUCGAAGUUGUGGAGGAGUACAAGAAACAAGCGAGGUUACUCCAGUUGUUGACGCACAUCAUGAAACAACCCGAAUACAAGACGAUUAUCUUUGUGGAAACCAAGCGAAAGGCUGAUGAGUUGACCCGCGAAAUGAGAAGAGAUGGAUGGCCAGCACUGUGCAUCCACGGAGACAAGGAACAGAGAGAAAGAGACUGGGUUUUGUCAGGUGAGUGGCCGGUUUGAUUGAACGUCGUCACGUAUAAAAGAAUUUUAAAAUAUUUUUUAUGGUUUCAGAGUUCAAGAACGGAAAGACUCCCAUCCUUUUGGCUACAGAUGUUGCCGCCCGUGGUCUUGGUAAGAGAAAUUGCGAGCUGAGAAGUGGACUAGUCCACUAGAACCGAUCCGAAUUGGACGUGGUAGUCGAGACCGUCCUUGCCACUUGUUUUUAGCGUGGAACACGACCUGGAGAAGCGGAGAGCGAGAAAUUGCCGAUGGAUGGUCGUCCCGGGCGGUGUGAUUGGUCCUCGGACCGGAGCGCAGCCAAAGGGAUCGACGAUUGCCCGCUGCAGAAUGUGUUCCUCGACGGUCUCGCGGCGCUUUUUUGAGUUGAGUGUUGGCAUGAAUCGGGCUUGUUACGGCACCAUGAUUUGUAUCGAGGUGUCCGGGACAGUACUAGACGCGAGUUCGGAGCCAAGAAUUGUAACGAGUUGGUUACGGUAGGAUUACGGUAGCUGUUUAUGCCCGAGAAGGCGAUGAUUAAAAGGCUUCCGUAAUCGUAGCUCCGAAGAGUGAAAGGUAGGUCGAGAAGGGUGUGGUUGGUCGCCCCUUACCCCCUCGACCAGUCGAAACGCCCCUCCGAACUGUGGCCGACCUUUGUCUUUUCGAUGGCAUCGGAUUGGAGCGGUGUUCUGAGGACGGACUCUGUGUUUUGGCCAGGCCCAGGUCAUGUCUGCAUUCGAGAAAGCGCCCACAAAUUCUGAACCACCGAUUCGAAUAGAGAAUAGGCAUUAGACUUAGGAGUUAGGCGAAAAGUUUUGUAAUUUGCUGCUUUAGAUGUGAGUGACAUUAAGUUUGUCAUCAAUUAUGACUAUCCCAAUAACUCGGAGGAUUAUGUUCACAGAAUUGGGCGAACCGGACGACGUGAAAACAAGGUGAGCUUAGAUUGCGAUUUUUAUAUUGCACUUGAUAGUGCAGUGUAAUUAAUUUGGAAGUUAAGAUGAUUAAUUUUUUGCUUUCAGGGUACUGCCUACACAUUGUUCACUCCUCAGAACGCCCCCAAGGCCAAGGACCUGCUGAAGGUGUUGGAUGAGGCCAAACAGACGGUUCCCGACGAACUCCGACGGAUGGCCGAGUCCAGCGGCUUCGGCGGUGGCCGUGGUCGCGGCGGCGGACGUGGUCGAGGCGCUCCCUCGGGAGGUUACGGUAACAAGAGGCCCUAUGAGAACGGCUACGGAUCAGGGGCGCCGAAACGCGGUCGUUUCAACGAUGGCGGAUAUUCGGCCGCUCCCCGGUGGUAA